GCCGUUGUAUCUGGUGCUGGUGAUUCGAGAUGACUUCGAUGAGAGGGCGGAGUUCAUCGCAGAAACCUACCGAAAUAAACAAGGGGCGGCAGUUACUCCACCUUGUGCUAUAAAGGCGACAAGAAUACAAGCGAAAGGGGUUUGUAGCAAGCUGUGGUUCGUAGUUCCGCCAAGGACGUGACUUUCUUCAAUACUUUUCGAGGGUUUCGUUUAAUGCAUUAAAGGGAAGCAGACAAAAAAGAGAAACGCUUCCCUCUGAGAAUAUAAGGUGUGCAGAUUCCGUGAUGGGUUUCCCCCCUUUGCUGUGUCUGUUGCUGGCCCUGUCCUCCUUGGGGGUGCACUCCCUGUCUCCAUCCUAUGGUGAGAGAGGCUCAGACCUAGGCAUUCAGGUGUUCCAGGAAGUUGCCCGCUCAAAGCCCCAGGAGAACGUGGUGCUCUCACCCCAUGGUGUGGCCAGCAUUCUGGGCAUGUUGCUGCCUGGUGCUGAUGGGGAGACUCGCCGCCAGCUUCUGUCAGCACUCCGCUACAAGAAGAACGGUCCUUACAAGAUGCUGAGAAGACUGCACAAGAACCUAACCACCAAAGCGAAUCAGGACAUUGUAACCAUCGCCAAUGCCAUCUUCGCCCAAGAAGGGAUCAGGAUGGAGGAACCUUUCAUGUCCACAAACAAAGCAAACUUCCAGUGCGAGAGCAGGAACAUGGACUUCUCAGAUACACAAAGAGCUGCAUCUGCCAUCAAUGACUGGGUGAAGAACCGAACCAAGGGAAUGAUCCCCAGCUUGGUCAAUCCAGACAUGCUGGAUCCAGCCCUCACCCGCUUUGUAGCAGUCAAUACCAUCUACUUCAAAGGGCUAUGGAAGUCUCGCUUCCAGCCCGAGAACACCAAGAUGAGGAACUUUAACGGGGGUGAUGGCACCGUUUACAAGGUCCCCAUGAUGUCACAACUGUCUGUCUUCAACAUUGGCCAGGCGAGCACCCCAAAUGGCCUGAAGUACAAGGUGAUUGAGUUGCCUUACCAUGGGAACAGUAUUAGCAUGCUCAUCGCCCUACCAUCUGAGGAGGACACUCCUGUCUCCGCCAUUCUUCCCCACAUCAGUACUGCCACAGUCCAGAGCUGGACCACAUUGCUGAACCAGAGGAAGGUCCGGCUUCUGCUACCCAAGUUUUCUGCUGAGGCUGAGGUGGACCUGGAAAACCCCCUCUCAGCUCUGGGAAUAACAGACAUGUUCAGUGAGGCCAAAGCAAACUUCAAACACAUAACCUCGGAGCCUGUCCAUGUGUCUAAGGCUCUACAGAAAUCCAAAAUUGAGGUGAAUGAAGACGGGACAAAAGCCUCAGCUGCAACAACUGCAAUCUUGUUGGCCAGGUCAUCCCCACCAUGGGUAAUAGUAGACAGCCCUUUCAUCUUCCUCAUCAGACAUAACCCUACAGGUACCAUUCUCUUCAUGGGUCAAAUCAACAAGCCCUGAACAUCUGAGAAGACAGAAGCAGGAGUGUAUUGUUUCUAGCCCUAUAUUUUUUACCUGACUACCAAGAGAGACUUGUUAGCUGGAUGUUUUAAGUGCUAAUUUUAAAAUUUUGUAUAUCAUUUCCAUUUUUUUACAGUGCAGAUUUUUAAAAAGGGGCCCUCAUAUCUCAAUGUUUUUCUCUUGCCUAGGGAACCUUAGAAUUUUCUUAUUGUAAAAUACAUUUGAGAUAUUUUAAACAUUUUAUACAUGUCAAAUCUGUUUAUCCAAUGCAAUAAAACAUUUUAAAUACUUACUUAAAUAGAUGUCAUUGCACAUCAACAGAAUGUGAUCUGAGGAUGGGCUACUGUUAAAGUGACUGGAUUUCCUAUGAGAUGAGGUUUACAACUCAUACAAUCUCUUGUAGAUGUUGAAAAAAAUUGUUACUCACAAAAAACCUGCUGCAAUUUAACACUGGUUCAGCAGAUUUCAUCCUUUUAAUUGGAGCUUGCUCAGGUCGGGCAGUGACUGCUACGGAUCCUCAUGGAAUCAUUAGUAUUACUCAUUUAUUUUCAGGCAUUGCAAUAUGCUUUUGUGUGGCUGUCAAUAUAAAUGUGAGAAGCACUGGAGCCGCUUUCAGCCGAAUCCCAUCGUUUCAUAUACAGUCAAAAGCGACAGGAUUCACAGUAACGGCACUGAGAGCAAAUGGCACAUUUUAAUUUUUUUUUCAAUGGGAGAUCUCUUCCCUCUGCGCAAACGGCUUUCCGAACAGCUAGCUGAUUUGCUUUUAGAACAUUGCCCUCUGGGGUAGUGUUCUGUACUGAUACAAUAGGGAUAUUUAUUCUUUGUGUGCUUAAUGCUGUUUUUUGCCAUUUCACUUGCCUCGAUGUGCAAAUAUGACCUUUUUCCAAUGUGUCAAGUCAAAGAUGUGGCAGUUUCCUUCAGUCUAGGGAAAUUGAACAUAGUGUUGGCAGUGGAAAAAGAUUUUCCUUUACCAAAGUGUUUUUCCUUUCUCUUUCAAAAUUUCUGUUCAGUCCCAUUGGUGUUGUA